AUGAAACCCCUUCGCAAACCUAUCGCUGCUGCAAAUCGUGAUGAUACCUCAAGCGUCUACAGUAGAUCUCCUGAUACCGCUCAGUAUGAUCAGCCGCCAAUUAUGCUUUCCCCCUUACCGAUCCAAAUAUCCAUUCCAGAGAUCACCCCGCUUGAUCACCAAAUUGCUAUGGCAGGGGGCUGUACGAUGGCCCUGGAGCUGACCCGGUCACGUCUCCACAUGUCCAAGCAGCAACCAACGCAGCCACUUGCCGGGGCAAAACGAACAUUGUUGCGUCAGCUCGAGCAACAACGUUUCGAAAAUGACUUUUACCGCGACUGCUUCCGAAACUUACACUAUCUUGUGGUGUCUACCAUGGAUUUGAUGCACAGUCUGGCUCUGCGAUACCAUUUCCAGUCAGGAGCAGGUCCACAAGAUCCACGCUUAAUCCGUUCCAUUGUGUCACUCCGACUGGCGGUGGAUAAGUCUCGUGCGGAAGAGAACCAGGCAGAAUGCGAGUGGAAACAAAAAUGGGAUGUACCUAAUAGUCCGAAAGCAAAUACCCGUUGGUUGUGA